AUGGCAUCAUCUUUAAGGUUCCUCAAAAUGUGUCUGUCUUUUACAAUGUUUUUGCACUUCCUCUUCUUCAUUUCACCUUCAUUCUCCUUUCUUCAACUGCAUCCCAAAAACAAUGACAUUCUCCUUUCUUCAACUCUCAUAAGAGGACUUAACCUUUUUCCUAAAAGUUCCAUAAACAUACCAGAGAAUGAUCCUCUUGUCCUCUAUCGAAACAUUGUGGAGAAAAAGUUCACUUUCCCUGGUUUUGAUGACCCUGGUUAUUCUGUUGAAGAACUUGGUCAUCAUGCAGGGAUGUUCUAUUUUUUCUUUGAAUCUCGAAACAGUAAGGAUGACCCUGUCGUCAUAUGGUUAACCGGAGGUCCUGGAUGCGGCAGUGAAAUUGCCUUGUUUUAUGAAAAUGGACCAUUUCAGUUCUCAAAGGACAAGAACUUGUCCCUUGUUUGGAAUGAAUAUGGAUGGGACAAGGCAUCAAAUAUUAUAUUUGUAGACCAACCCAUUGGAUCAGGUUUCAGCUAUACCACUGAUGAUAGUGACUAUCGACAUGAUGAAGACGGUGUUAGCAAUGAUCUAUAUUUUCUUGCAGGUAACUUGAUUUGUUAA